AUGGUCGCCACACGAGCUAUGGCCGCCAAAAAGGCCCCAGACGACAAGGAGAACGAUAGGCAGUUGGCUCUGCGCAAGAAGCCUGUCCGUCGUGCCACUGCAAAGGCCACCACGACAGCGACAAAAGCAUCGACUUCUACCGCAUCUGCCAAGUCGUCGGCCACGAGCACAUCAGCAAAAGCAUCAGCAUCAGCACCAGCUGCUCGUCCGAAACGUCAGACACGUGCCGCCGCCGCUCCACCAUCAGACCCUGCUCCACAGAAAGCUCCUGCCACCCGUCGAAAGCCUGCCCUUCCAGAAGUCGCCAGAGGAAAGGCCUUGAGGUCGAGGAAGGUCGAGCCCGAACCUGAGCAAGAGCCCGAGCCCGAACCCGAACCGGAGGCAAAAGAAGAGGCAGCAGAAGAGGACGAACCGAUAGCUUCACCACCCACCAGAGUAAAGGCUUUGAGAUCCAACAAGUCCGAGAAAGUCCUUGAGCCUGAGCCUGAGCCUGAGCCUGAGCAAGAAACCGAGCCUACGUCUGUGGCGGAACCUGAGUCAACCUCAACAGUGGUCGAGGAGGAGGAGGACGUCGAGGAUGAGCCAGAAGUCAAACAAGCAGAGACACCGAAGCCUCGAGAGCCUGAACCUAGGCAACAAGAACCGGAACAAGAUGCCUGCGAAAAGGAUGAGGACGAGGACGCAGAGGACAGGUCUUCCGAGGACGAGAUCUGUGGACCCAAGACACCGAUGCGACGUACUACCAGAAGCCAAGCUGCACCACGAACAGUCGCGUCUUCAACAACCGCUCGCAAAUUGCAGACACCUGCUCGCCGGUUUCUUAGCCACAGGACGAAUCAGGGCACUCCUCAAACACAGCGCAUGCCCCACAAUGCAACGCGCACUUCGUCACCUACACGUCCCUUGACUGUGGCCAGAGGCGCAGAUAAGCAAAUGGUUAUCCGUCCUCUGAAGCAGCAGACACCACGCCAUGAUCCAGCGCCGGUAACACUCGAUCCUCAGUCGGACACCGACAUGACUGAAGAAGAUGUCCAAGGCGACACGGAAACAGAAUUGGAAGAAUCAAGCGCCGACGAGCUGGACGAUCAACUCGACAGCCUUCAACAAGAAGCCAUAACUAUCAUGCCCACACCUGCUCAUACCAUUCAAUUUGAAGCUGUCAAUGACGACUCGGAGGAUGAACUUGCUGGUACUGGAGGUGUCCUUGAGGACGAAGACGACGACCUUGAAGAGGACACUGUAGUCGAACUCGAUGAAAAGAAAGAGCCCGAAUAUGUACCUGGAGGAUCACAUGCAGAAGACGAUGUCUCGGAUGACGAAGAAACCAUGACUGACGACAGUCAUUUUGAUGACAGCAUCUUGCCCGAACCGCAGCUUUCGGCUGACUUUACCACAUCCGUGCCCUCAUCGCCAGCCUCUAUCGCUGAAGAACUCCCUCAGAUCGAGAUUGAGGACUCGGAGCUUCUUUCUUCUCCUGCACCCUCGGCCCCUGCCUCUGUCAUCGAACGUGAUCUGGACUCUCCCCCCCAGGAGAUUGCUCCAGCAUCGAGACUUUCACUCGAUGAUAACGACCUACUUUCAUUGAUUGACGACCAAGAAGCAACCACUCCGGAUGUGAAACCACGAGUAUCCUUCUUCACCGCCACGGCCAAGAUGCUUCAAACUCCUCGCAUGCAAUUUGCGCUUGGUGGUAUCGACGCCACUAAAGCUAAUGACAGCCCUUCUGUAACCGCGAACGAGCCUACAGAGACCGACAUCGACCAAACCGUGACAAUCAAUCCUUCCCUCCUAGAAGUGGACGACUUUGGCGUCAAGUUAGCCACCAAUCUUGAGAAUGCUGCUGCCAUCCCCACUCCAUACUUCGCAACACCUGCCGCUCGUGAGCGCCCGAGUAUGGGCUUCUCAAAAGAGCGUAUGAGUCUCCUUCAAGAUGACAUUUUCAACCUUGUCGAUUUCGACCAUGUUUCUCCUGUCAAGACAGAUGUCAGGACUCCCAUCCCUGAACCUGAGCAAGUCGAAGCCGAGUCUAUGGAGCUAUCAACUCCAGGAUACAAUACUCAUCGCCAACCCUACCAUCCCAAGAAUGUCUCGACACCAAGUGAGCAGGUACAUAGUGAACGACGAUCAUCUUUUGUUUCGUCAGGUUCUCCAAGCUAUGCGAGAUCAACCUUCGCAUUCGAUUCACGUCGCAAGUCCCUUCCUACCGCUACUCUGCACACUCCAAUGAACGGCGACCUUCGACCACGUACUGCCGAAACCUCCAUCAAGCCAACAACUAGUGAUUCAUUCGCAAAGCUGUGGGCCAGUAAGCAGCGACGAUCUUCGGUCAGAAAAUCACUCCUGGAACACACAAUUCCAGACUUGGCCGAAAUACACUCGUUCGUUCCUCCCCACCAUNCGAGCACUCGUAAGCGUGACUCUACGCCAGCUCAGCGUCGAACCAGCACCGUCCACUUCCAGGAGAAUUCCGUAUCUCCUCCUGUGCCCUUCUCUGGUGCAAAGCCUAGAAAGCAUACGCCAAGCUCUUCUUCUAGAUUACGAAUUGCUGGACGCAGCCCAUUGAAGACUCGCAGUAGCAGCCGCAGUCCAAUGAAGAUGCGUAGUCCUAUGAAGCUUCGUGAUGCCAGCCGUAGUCCGGUGAAGCGUCUUCGCGAGGCUCCACGAACACCCAUGAAGACACCGCUGAAAGCUGCCGGUCUUGCCACGCCAGCCGUUUACCCUAUGACACCGCAUCCCCUGCAGCCAUUGGNNAAGUCCAUAACAGCAUUGGUUGAAGUUUUUACGCUAGACGGCUCCUCUGCUUCGGGUCCUUUCAUAGCCCUCCUUCAGGGGUUGGGUGCUCGUACGACGAAGUCCUGGUCCGAUCGCGUCACUCAUGUCAUCUUCAAAGAUGGCUCUCCUACCACGCUCCAGAGAGUACGCCUAAGCAACAAAGACCCCAAUGGCAAGAAGAUCUUUUGCGUCAACUCUCGCUGGGUAACAGAUUGCGAACGUAAUGGUACUCGCAUGGACGAACAAGCAGACAUUUACGUUGUCGAUCUCGACGAAGUACCUCGCGGCGGACGCAGAAGAAGAAAGUCCAUGGAACCGGCUGCACUAAAGAACGUGGAUGGUAACAUUGUUCACAGCAACAACAGCAGCGCGAAUAGCAGCGCCAACAGAAAGAGCGUCGGUACAAGGCAAAGCAUUAUCGGUGGUCGUCAGAGCAUCAAUCUUGCUCGUGCGAACAAAGCUCUUGCAAGAGCGUCUCUAGCAUCGAGUUUCUGGGGUGAUGACUCGCCUGUGAAGAAGACACCCGGCCGCAAACAAGCUAGAGAUCCCUGGGACGAUGAUGAGGAAAUGGCUGACGCGUUCUUCGAUGAGCCGACUGCAAAGUUCGAGGUUCCUGCUUCUCUGGGAGUCAAUGGCGCAAGUCUUGAGGCUGGUCAGAUGACUGCGCCUGUUGACAAAGUGAAGAAGUUGAGGAUCAGAGAUGAGGAUAAUAGGCGUUUGACUUUCAUGGGUGGAAGAGACUGA